AUGCCAUCAACCCACCAAAUCCCAGUCUACGGCAUGACCUGCUCCUCCUGCUCCACCGCUGUCUCCACCGCUCUUACCGCCGUCCAGGGCGUGCAUACCGUCUCUGUUUCCCUCGCGGACAAAUUGGCUACGGUCUCCACUAACUCUGAUAUUGACCGAAGCGUGUUGGUGGAGGCGAUUGAGGAUUGUGGGUUUGAUACAGCAACGGUUAUGGAGAUGGGGUCGCUUCCGUCUCGGUCGCGAACGUUACUCACCGCUGCGAGUAUGACCUCCGCCUCCACCACCACGACACUGAGCGUGAUGGGCAUGACAUGCGCAUCCUGCACCUCAGCCAUCGAACGCGGUCUCACACCCCUCCCCGGCGUCGAAAGCGUAACUGUCGCGCUCCUCUCAAACCGCGCAGUGAUCAUUCACGACGCUCGUACCACGGCUGAGAAACUAGCCGAGAGCGUCGAAGAUAUGGGGUUCGAAGCCUCUAUCAUCUCCAGCACCACCAACGACGAGGACGAGGAAGUUGUUGUGAAAAUCAAAGUCUACGGCAUGACCUGCGCAUCCUGCACCUCCGCCAUCGAAUCCGCACUCCUCGCACGCCCCGGCGUAACCUCCGCCCUCAUCUCCCUCUCUCUCCAAGAAGCCCGCAUAACCUACGACCCCAAACUCCUCGGCCUCCGCGACCUCGUCGAAACAAUCGAAAACGCAGGUUUCGAUGCACUCGUCGCGGAGGAUGAAGACAAUACCACACAACUCGAGAGUCUGGCACGCACGAAAGAGAUAUUGGAGUGGAGGAGGGCGGUUUGGGGGAGUGCGGGGUUUGCUGUGCCGGUGUUUUUGUUGAGUAUGGUUGUUAUGGAGACGCGUGCUGGAAUGGAGUUUUAUAAUACGACACUACUCGUGCCGGGGUUGUAUCUCGGUGAUGUUCUAUGUCUCCUUCUCACGAUUCCUGUGCAAUUUGGGGUUGGUAGGAGGUUUUUUAGGGCGGGGUGGAAGAGUUUGAGGCAUGGGACGCCGACGAUGGAUGUUUUGGUCAUGUUGGGGACGGGAGCGGCGUUUGGGUUUUCGGUGUUGGCGAUGGUGUUUAGUGUCGUCAGUGCGGAUCACUCGCGUCCUACGACGUUCUUUGAUACGAGUACGAUGUUGUUGACGUUUGUCUCGUUUGGGCGGUAUUUGGAGAAUAAAGCGAAAGGGAAGACUUCCGCGGCGUUGUCGCGACUCAUGACGCUCACGCCGAGUUCGGCAACGAUUUACGCCAAUAAUGGAGAGGGGGCACCGGCGGAAGAGAAACCGAUCCCGACAGAGUUGAUUCAGCCGGGUGAUAUCGUUAUCCUCAGGCCGGGUGAGAAGGUCCCUGCUGAUGGAGUCGUUAUCGCGGGUGAAUCAUUCGUGGACGAAUCCCUCGUUACCGGGGAAGCCAUCCCCAUCCGAAAGACGCGCGGGAACCAGUUAAUCGGCGGUACCGUCAACGGAGCCGGAAGACUCGAUUUCAGGGUCACGCAUGCGGGGAGGGAUACACAACUUUCCCAAAUCGUCAAACUGGUGCAGGAAGCACAAACGUCUCGUGCGCCCAUCCAGAGAGUCGCGGAUGUUGCGGCGGGGUAUUUCGUGCCUGUUGUGCUGUUUUUGAGUGUGGUUACGUUUGUGGGGUGGAUGGUGUUGUCGCACGUCCUCACGAACCCACCGGAGAUUUUUACGCAUGAUCAGCAGGGAGGGAAGUUUAUGGUGUGUCUCAAGUUGUGUAUUUCGGUUAUUGUCGUUGCGUGUCCUUGUGCUUUGGGGUUGAGUACCCCCACCGCUGUGAUGGUUGGUACGGGCGUGGGAGCACAGAAUGGGAUUUUGGUCAAGGGUGGUGCGGCGUUGGAGGCUGCGACGAAGAUCACGAGGGUUGUGUUUGAUAAGACUGGGACGUUGACGGUCGGUAAGAUGGUUGUGGCUGAUGCGUAUAUCCAAAACAUGGAGACAGAGUUAUGGUGGAUGCUUGUUGGGAGCGCGGAGCAGGGGAGUGAACACCCUAUCGGACAUGCGAUUGCGGUUGAGGCGAAGCAGGUGCUUGGGUUGGGAACGGAUAUGUUCUUGAGUGCGACUGUGCUCGAUUUCUCGGCUGAUGUUGGGAGGGGGGUACAUUGUGUCGUUGUACCCAGCGACAAGCAGGGAAACCAGUGGAAUGUGGCGAUUGGGAAUGCGCAAUAUAUGAAGGAGCGUGAUGUUGCGAUCCCCGGUGAUGUCGCGGAGAUGAUCCAUUGGCAGCAGGGGAAUGGACACACGUGUGUCCUUGUCGCUAUUGACGGCAAGUUCAGCGGUCUCGUCUCGCUGCGGGAUUCGGUGAAGAAGGGAUCGAAGAAUGCGGUUAGGGCGUUGAGGAGGAUGGGGAUUAGUGUUGCGAUGGUGACGGGAGAUCAAACCGCUACCGCACAACGCGUCGCUGCGGAUGUUGGGAUUGAGCGGGAGAUGGUGUAUGCCUGUGUCACGCCCUCUGGCAAGCGGGAUAUUAUUGCGCAGAUGCAGGCGGAGGGACAGGUUGUCGCCAUGGUCGGGGAUGGAAUUAAUGAUUCGCCGGCUCUGGCGUCGGCGGAUGUUGGGAUUGCGUUGAGCACUGGUACGGAUGUCGCGAUGGAAGCUGCGGAUAUUGUGUUGAUGCGGCAGCAGUCCAUUCUGGACGUUCCGGCUUCGCUUAAUCUUGCGAGAACGAUCUUCAGACGGAUUAAGAUGAACUUGCUGUGGGCGUGUUUGUACAACUUGAUUGGUAUUCCGUUCGCUAUGGGAUUCUUCCUUCCGUUCGGGUUGCAUCUGCAUCCGAUGAUGGCGGGUGCGGCAAUGGCUUGUUCCAGUGUGAGUGUCGUCGUAUCCAGUCUCCUGCUAAAGACCUGGAAGAGACCUGACUGGAUGGUCGAGGAGGGCGAAAUUGCACUCGUGGACAACUCAAAGAAGACAAGCGAUAGCUGGUUGAGUAGCGUUACGUCGGUGUUGUCACGCCCGAAGAGGACGGAGUACCAGAGAGUACAGGACGAGGAGAUGGUUUAG